AGUGCACUGCGCAUGCUCCGUGUAGUAGCCGGUCAUGGCGGCGGUUGUGUGUUCGUCCAUGAGGUUCGGCGGCGAGCUAGCCCGCUAAUUCGUGCGCUCCGUGACUUGAGAGAACCCUGCGAGGCGCGGCCAUGGCGGGAGUGUUCGACAUCGACUUGGACCAGCCGGAGGAGGAGGUGUCGGAUGACGAGACUGACGAGGCACAAAUCAAUGACAUCAUGGACCAGUGCAGUGGAUUUGACUUCAACAUGGAAGGCUGCGAGAAGAUCGAGAUAUCAGAAGACAACGUCAACCAAGGGACGGAAAACAUUAGACCGGAGUGUUUCGAGCUGCUGAGGGUUUUGGGGAAAGGCGGCUAUGGGAAGGUAUUUCAAGUUCGAAAAGUAGUUGGAGCUGCUUCGGGCAAAAUAUUUGCUAUGAAAGUCUUAAAAAAGGCAAUGAUUGUACGUAACGCCAAGGACACGGCCCACACCAAGGCAGAAAGGAACAUCCUGGAGGAGGUGAAGCAUCCUUUUAUCGUGGAUCUCAUCUACGCCUUUCAGACGGGUGGAAAGUUGUACCUCAUCCUGGAGUACCUCAGCGGAGGAGAACUCUUCAUGCAGUUGGAGAGGGAGGGCAUUUUCAUGGAAGACACGGCCUGUUUCUACCUAGCAGAGAUCUCCAUGGCUCUGGGCCACCUGCACCAGAAGGGCAUCAUCUACAGAGACCUCAAGCCUGAGAACAUCAUGCUGAGCAGCCAAGGUCAUGUCAAGUUGACAGAUUUCGGGCUGUGUAAAGAGUCCAUCCACGACGGCACAGUCACGCACACCUUCUGUGGUACCAUUGAAUACAUGGCGCCAGAGAUCCUGAUGCGGAGCGGACACAACCGAGCGGUGGACUGGUGGAGUCUGGGAGCGCUGAUGUACGACAUGCUGACUGGGGCGCCUCCCUUCACAGGUGAGAACAGGAAGAAGACCAUCGACAAGAUCCUGAAGUGCAAACUCAGUCUGCCACCAUAUCUCACGCAAGAAGCUCGGGACCUCCUGAAACGUUUGCUGAAGAGGAACGCCUCCUCACGCUUGGGAGCAGGUGCAGGAGAUGCCACAGAGGUGCAGGCACAUCCUUUCUUCAGACACAUCAACUGGGAGGAUUUGCUGGCUCGUAAAGUAGAACCUCCCUUUAAACCUUUUCUGCAAUCUGCUGAAGACGUGAGUCAGUUUGACUCCAAGUUCACCAGUCAGACGCCAGUCGACAGUCCUGACGACUCCACGCUCAGCGAGAGCGCCAAUCAAGCCUUUUUGGGCUUCACAUACGUUGCACCUUCGGUCCUGGAAAAUAUCAAAGAAAAGUUUUCAUUCGAGCCAAAAAUUCGUUCUCCGCGAAGAUUCAUCGGCAGCCCAAGAACACCUCUCAGCCCGGUGAAGUUCUCCGGCGGCGACUGUUGGCCCCGCAGCGUCCUCCUGGCGGGCGGAGGGCCCGGCCUCCCGCAGGCCCCCCAAGAACAGGCCAUGGAACUUUCCGAGCACAUGGACGUGACCUCCAACUGCGAGGCCUCCGCCCCCCUCCCCAUCCGCCAGCCCCUGGCGCACAUGAAGCAUCAGGCCUACCCCCUGCUGGCCAAAAGGCCCGAUCACCUGCGGAUGAACCUAUGACCCCGCCCCUUCCCGGACUUUUUCUUGGCCGACCAGAGACAAUGUCAGUGUUACGCAGCAGGGGUCGCGACCUUUGUUUUUGGGGGGAGGAACUCCAGCAAAGAUCUUCCUGCGAUCUACUGAUGACGCAAUCAUGUAUUAUUGAUCAAUCACAUCUGCUCUUUUAAUUGGAUUAUUGAACAAAACAAUAUUUGGCCCCAGUUGAGCUGGACAGUUUGACCCCCUC